CAGCACACUCCCCCAUCCCUCCCAUGGCACAGCCCACUCCCAGCAGCGGAUGGCACGCGCAUGCGCACUGGCUGCACUGCAGAGUGAAGGGAGCUGCAGAGCCUCUCCUGCAUGUCCGCUUGCACCGGACCCCAAGGCUUGUAUUGAUGUUUAUCCCAGCCCAACCCAUCCAAAAGAAUGCCAUUAGUUAAGAGAAACAUAGAGCCCCGGCAUUUAUGCCGAGGAAUUGUGCCAGAUGGAGUCACCAGUGAAUUGGAGUGUGUCACCAACAGCACCCUUGCUGCCAUCAUCAAACAGCUCGGCAGCCUUAGCCGCCAUGCAGAGGACAUCUUUGGGGAGCUUUUUAAUGAAGCCAAUAGCUUCUACAUGCGCAUGAACUCUCUGCAAGAACGGGUAGACUUGCUGGUGAUAAAAGUCACUCAGCUGGACUCCACCGUGGAAGAAGUAUCCUUGCAAGAUAUAAAUAUGAGGAAGGCUUUUAAAAGUUCCACGGUGCAGAAUCAGCAGGUGGUGUCCCGGAACUCAAUCCCCAACCCCGUCAUGGAAAUAUACCAUCGCUGCGACAAACCUCCUCCGCUCAAUAUCCUCACACCCUACAGAGAUGAUAAGAAGGAUGGCCUUAGAUUCUACACUGAUCCAUCAUACUUCUUUAAUUUAUGGAAGGAAAAGAUGUUGCAAGCUACUGAGGAUAAGAGGAAGGAAAAGAGAAGACAGAAAGAGCAAAGGUUGGUUGAGGAUCCAACACGAGAGGUGAAGAAAGUGCGCAAAGCCCGGAACCGGAGGCUAGAGUGGAAUAUGAUGGCCUAUGAUAAGGAGCUCAGACCAGAUAACAGGUUCUCACCAUCCCCAUAUCAUGUGGCUUCAUCCGAGGGAUCACUGUCCCCAGAUAAUAGGUCUUAUGCUUCAGAUCUGGAUCACUCUUACCCUGCCAGCCCCAAUCACCCAGGGCAGCAAAUCAUGGCCCCUGCCCCUCAUUUGGAGAACAAGGAUAUCAUCCUAAUGGCCACUCAGGCCCAAGAGCAUGGCUACCGCUCCUCUGCGCCUGGUAGCCGACAGAACAGUCUGAACAGAGCACAGCAAGCUCAUGCACCACAGCAGCCUGAGGCUAUACUAAAUGGGCCACGUCCACAAGUGAUGAAGGAUUAUGGUGGUCAGCAGGUGCCAAUGACAGAAUACUUUGUGCCUCCCGCUCCUCCACCACCACCUCCCGUGAUUCCCUCUGCACAAACUGCCUUCGAUAGCCCUAUUUCUGCUCCUACGCCAGUGGCCCCCAACAUAGCUGCUCUCUCUUCAUACAUACCUGCACCUCCUCCUGCACCCCCCUGUCCAUAUUCUGGCUCUCCUCCUCAAGCUGGGCCUGUAGGACCCCCAGUUGCCCCACCUCCCCCACCGCCAGGCCCACCAACUAUCACUGCUUCCCCUGCUCAUGCAGCCUCUCCUCCAACUCUCACUGUGGAACCAAGGAAACCUCAGAUUCCACUCAUGCCAAUAAGUGAUGCCAGGAGCGACUUACUGUCAGCCAUUCGAAGGGGUUUCCAGCUGCGGAAAGUCCAAGAGCAACGUGAGCAGGAGGCAAAGAAAGAACCUGUGGGCAAUGACGUGGCGACCAUACUGUCUCGAAGGAUUGCCGUGGAGUACAGCGAGUCAGACGAUGACUCCGAACUUGAAGAAAAUGAAUGGUCUGAUUAGAGUUAACUUUGCCUUUUUGUGCUCCCCUCUCACCCCAAGCUGUAAACGCUGAUUCUGUCUCCAGUCACACUGUGGGAUAGUGCAGCUCCUUCACCACUGUGUGUGUGUGUGUGUGUGUGCGUGUAUGAAUAUAUACAUUAAUCCGCACAUAUACAAAAACCUGAACUUCAGCGUUGCAUUUUGAGUUCCAUGCCAUUGAAUUAUAUUGUACAAUGUCCAGGGGAGGAGAACAGGAGGCUAAUGAGCUUUAUGUGCCAAAAGAACUCCUAGAUCACUGGCAGCAUAGCUGCACACACAAAGGCAGCGCAACUAGAAGUUCUUAUUUUCCAGUCGGGUUUGCAGGUUGCACAGAAACAAGGACGCCUUCCUAACGAUAGAUUCGACUUUACUUUUUUCCUUGUCCUGUGUGUGCUGACGUUUUACAAUAUAUCUAUACAUACAGUAUAUAUAUAGAGAGAGAGAUAUAAAAAGAGAAUGACCAAAAUAUAAUUAUAUAUAUAAAUAUGUAUAAAUAUCUGAGGUUUACCAGUCAGCAGUAAAGUGUUACCAUUUACUAUUCAUUAAGUAAAAAUAUAGGGAGCGUAUACCUGAAGUAUAUAGAAAAACAUUUAUUGUGUAAUAUUAUGUGUUUACAAUUAACUUUAAGGCGCAGCUGCUCUAUCGGUUCUCUACGUUCCUGCCUCUUGUCAGGGAGCGUUAUAUGCCUGCAUCAGGAGUAUGUGUAGCAUGUGUUACUGCUGUAAAAUACAUACAUGCUUUCGACCUUACUGCCUGAUCAUCUGGGCAGUCCUAUGCAUGGCAUUUGAUCUGUGCAAACGGCUGAUACACUGCUGUAGGUGUGUGCAUGGUGCAUCAGCAGAGACAGAAUUUAGAGGAACUGCCACUGUACCCAUCAGCCUAUGUAUGGCCAUUUACACAGUGACUGGCUUAUGCAGUGUUGGGCUGGGGGGCCUGGGGCCCACCGGGAUUACUGUCCAGGGCCCCCCUCUGGACUCCCUGGCCCCACCACUGUGACGGCACGCAUGAGCGAACAGUGCUGUACAGCACUGAAAAUGGUUUCUUUUUGUAUGGCCAGGAAAUCAGGAGAGGGGGUCUGGCCCUGCAGGGGCUCAUGAGGGCCGGCGCCCACCGGGUUUUUCCCGGUGUCCCGCCAGGCCUGUCCGAUCCUGGUUUUAUGGGACAAUUAGUCAGAAGAUAGAAGGGUCUGCCACUGUAUGGCACCUUGAUUGUGAGUCAGAGUUCAAAUCUAGGCUUACUUUGUUGCUGUGGAACACUAUUCCAGCUGUUAUAGAUUUACCUAUACUAGAUAUACAGGACCUGGAUGAAUGAAAAUCUUCAUAGUCAGUAUUCUACGAAUUAUAAAAACCUGUAUAAAAAUCAUUCCUUGUUUUAUGAUUAUCCAUUGAGCACAGACUAUUGAAAGUGGAAAAUUUAUUUUCAGCAAUUUCUGGUGAUUUCAAAUUCGGGUUUGGAUUUGAUAUUUAAUUACUAGUAUCAAAUCCAAAUAGUAUGGAUACCAUACAUCCCUAAUAUAUUAUAUAUAUAUAUAUAUAUAUAUAUAUAUAUAUAUAUAUAUAUAUAGGAAAAUAGCUGCACUCACUUACUGGAGUAAAAGCCUGGGUGCACAUUGCAGAAAAGUCAUAUAGAAUAUCAUGUAAAGUAAAUAGUGAUGCACCGAAUGCAGGAUUCAGUUCGGGAUUCAGCCUUUUCCAUCGGGAUUCGGAUUUGGCCAAAUCCUUCUGCCUAGCCAAUCCAA